AGCUCGCAGGGCCGCCCCCGGGGAGCUCCCCGAGUUGGACCCACCGGUCCCGCUCCCUGCUCUCAGCGGCCAGGCGCCCUGAGCUCUGCACACAGCGUCGGGCAUCAGGCAGUCAAUCCGCUGAAGCGCCGUCCGGCCCCAGCCCCGCGGCCACCCGGCCCCGCUCCCCUCGCACGGCCGGCUCCCUGCGAAGGCUUGUAUGAGUCCAUUGGAACAUGCCAGAACCGCUCAGGGUCCAGUGGUGGGAAAGGAGCUUCCCGGUCAUAGCAUCAUAGAGUUCAAAGCCAGAGGAGACCACCAGUCUACCCCUGAGGGGUGGUGUUUCCCUGGCUGCUUCUGUGUGGCUUCUAGGGAGCAGCAAUGAAUUCCUCCUUCUCUUUCCCAGAGAGCCACCUCAGCCUGCUAGACCUUUUGAAAGGAGAGAACGGGUCCCUGCCCAGAAUGUGGAAUGGGAGCCAGGAGCUGGACUGGGAGGAGCUGGAAAAAAUGCUCUUCCUGUUUGCAAAGGAGCCUGUCACCAUCAGCCUCACCGUCCUGUACCUACUCUCUUUUGUGGUGGGAUUUGUUGGGAACAUCAUGUCCAUUAAAGUGCUUACCAGGAAGCGUAGCAGUCGGAUGCCCAGCCUGAGUGCCACCAGGAGCCUCCUUAUCAACCUGGCUAUCUGCGACUUGAUGGUGGUGUGCGUCUGCAUGCCCAUCACGGUGGGGAACUUGAUAUACAAAGCCUGGGUGUACGGGGACUUCCUGUGCAGGGCUGUGCCAUUUGUCCAGGCCGUGUCCGUCUCAGCCAGUGUGCUCAGCCUCACGGUCAUUAGUGUGAACAGGUAUUACAGUGUUCACAACCCUCUGAAUGCCAGGUCCUUCUUCACUCAGAGGAAGAUCCUCAGCACCAUCCUGGUGGUGUGGGUCCUGUCCUCUGGGAUCUGCAUGCCCCUUAUAUUCAUGAACAAAAGGGAUGAGAUUGGGGCGGUGGAGGGACUGCCCCUGGUGUUCCCAAUCUGCAGGGAAAUAUGGCCUCAAGAGAGGCUCAAGCAAGCCUACAACUUCCUGCUCUUCUGUGCCCUCUAUUGCCUGCCCGUGCUAUUCAAUAUGACCAUCUGCUUCCUGACCGUGCGAAGGCUGUGGAACUGCACCAGCCAGUUGAAGGAGCGCAACUCCCUGAACCGAUCCCUGCCAGCCUCCAGGCUGAAGAUCCGCAAGAAGGUGGCCCAGAUGGUGGUGGCCCUGGUCCUGCUGUUUGCCAUCUCUUGGCUGCCAGUCUACUUGAUGGACAUCUGGAUUGACUUCAACAUCCCCAACUCUUUGCAGGAUGUGACUCCAUCUCCCUGGGUCCUGCAGCUCAGACCUUUUGCUCAGUGGCUAGGCCUCACCAACUCCAGCCUCAACCCCAUAUGCUAUUGCUUUGUUGGGAACCUCUACAGGUCAGCCAAAGAAAUGAAGAGCAAAUACCACCAGAGGAUGGUUUCCCUUUUUAACUUCUCUCUGUCUGAAAGGACUGCACCUUCUUCUGUGCCUGAGUUGCUCUCUUACAGGAACUCCAUGGACUCUGCAGGGAAAGAGUCCAGCUGCACCCUGGCAAUGAGCAAGAGGUAUCAGGGGGACACUGAUCCUAAGAACAACUAUGAAACUCCACUAAUGUCCUGCCAGUCUCUGUCUCUAAACACCAUGGCUAGUGAAAAGACUUCUCUAUAAUCCU